AUCACGUGAGGCCGCGUUUCUCAUUAACUUGAAUCACGCGCAACGUCGCGCCAUCAUUUUAACCACCAUCAUCCUCUGCGGACUCGCGUAUGCAGCUAUUUUUCUGACAGAAAUGAAGGAUAUCCGUGCUAUCAGCGGAAAAUAUACAGAGUCUGCGCGUCACAAGUAUUCGUACUUCUGGGAUUCGCAGCUCAGAUCACCAUAUUUUGACAACUUUCGCUCUGCAAUCAACUUGAACGCGCUAAUUGGUCUCUUAAAACCUCUCGAGGAAGAGACAGUCGACGAAGGAGACUAUAAUGUACAUGUCGAUGAAGACGUGCCGGGAGCUGAUGAUGAUGAAGUAGAACAACACGUGGGGAACAAACGACGACGCUCUGCUUCCGCAUCUCCUGCAAAGGGCAAGAGACGGAAGGUUGUCGAAGAUGGCGAUGGAAUAGAUGCUGACAAUCAGUCAGAAUCGUCCUCGAAUGACUCUAACGGAUGCGAAGACGACUGGCAAGACCCAGCUUACAAGCAGAUCUAUCCUUCCAUAUGGGAAGAGGGUCGUUACGAGGAACCAAAUGUUGAUCCUGAAAGCCAGUUUCUUCCAGCCUUCAAAUACUCUUUCGAAAUGCGUUACACCAAAUCACCCCAAGGAGACAACGACUCUUACGUGCCUGACCGAGCAGCGAAGAAACUCGGCUGGCUCAAGGAAGAACAAGAUCUCCUAUCUCUAUUUAGCACGCUCUGCCCUGACCGUUCCCAACCUCAAACAUUUGACCUUGGCAGGUUCUGGGUUCAAGACUACAAAACGCGCUUGUUAGCCCUUUCGGGGGAGCCGCAAUACCCCAUGAACCCUUAUCCCGAGGAAAUCAAGGAAAAAAGUGAGCGGUGGUUCUUCCUCCUUCCUCGAGUUGCAUGGCCAGACGGCCUAUCCGAAGAGGAACUCGGAGACAACGACAUGCAAUAUGCCUCCGUGCAUGAGGAUCUUCUCAAGGCACUCUUCACCUACCAGUCAUUAGGUCGUGCGAAAAUCGAGACCAACGUUCAGGUGAUCACCCUUCCUGAAGGUGGCUGGGACCAUACAGAGGAGUUACCUUUCCGGCUAUUCGCUCAGUUCAACGUGUCCAUCAUUGUGCCCAGAUUGUAUGAACCAUUUGACACGAAGAAAAUUUCCCAGAAGCGCCUUUCCGAACUUGAAGGAUUGCAGAGGCGCUUGAUUGCCCUUUUUACCAUACCAUCAGUAGACCAGCCGCUAUUCGGCAGUGGACAUGAUCAAAGAGAGGAUGCAAGCAUCCCAUUCUUCUAUGGCAUUCUUCGACCAGCACCCCCUCUUUCACAAGGCGUGACAUACGAGUCCCUCCAGCCUGAGGGCUUGUUGCCAACGCUCUUGCCCUUCCAACGGCGUAGUGUCCAUUGGAUGCUCCUACGGGAAGGAAAGACGAUGACUCAGGAACACGGUGUCGUUCCGUACACUCCUCACCAGCCCCGGUUUGUCAUGCCUCCAUUUUGGGAGAAGAUCUCCCUCGGGAGUCAAGAGCACUUCUUCAAUACGCUUACCGGCGCCGUAAGCCCUUCUAUUACAGAAGACGCUGCUGCACUAGGGGGAAUACUUGCGGAAGAGCCAGGGCUUGGGAAGACGAUUGAAUGUAUUUCUCUCAUUCUGAUGAACCCCGCACCUGAACGCAAUCCAACUAACAAACGGUGGGACGCCGAAGCUAACCUUGAAGUGAAGGAGAUCAAGACUACUCUCAUUGUCACUCCCCCUGCACUCGCACCUCAAUGGGUAGACGAGCUUGCUGCUCAUGCCCCAGGACUUAAAGUUCUCAUCUACGAUGGAUGGUCCAAAGUCGGUGUGCCCAUCACCCCGGAUGAUGUCGAAGACGAACGAGAACGACGGCGCAAUGCCCACAGGCGUACAGGUGGCAAAAACGGUAAUGGCACAUCCAGGAUUAAAAAUAACACAAAAGGGAAGGCAAAGGCAAAGGCAAUUGACAACGGGGACGCCAUGGGCAUGGAUGUCGAAGAGAGAACAUCCAUGGUCGAGGGCGACGACAUACUUGACUGGUGCACCUAUGUUAACACAUUUGAUGUUUGCAUCACGACAUACAACGUGCUCCGUCAAGACUUGACUGUUGCCCGCGCACCGCCCAAACGUCCUCGUCGUGCAGACGUGGAGUACUCAAACCUUGACCGUCCUAGAAGUCCUCUUGUCAUGUGCGAGUGGUAUAGAGUAAUUAUGGAUGAAGUACAAAUGAUGGGGACCGGCAAAUCCGAAGAGAUGGUGUCCUUGGUCCCUCGACUAUCUUCGUUUGCGGUGUCUGGAACACCAGCCCGUGCUCAGGUUUCUGACCUUAUUCGCGUUCUAAGGUUCUUGCGCGUUGACGAUGUUGUCGGUCCGACCCGCAUGUGGAACCGUCUGAUGAAGCAUGCAUUCAAGAAGCAAUUCGCUGACCUAUUUCAACGAUAUGCUAUCCGGACACUCAAAUCUGCGGUCAACGACGAAUUAACUAUCCCGCAGCAGCGGAGAUACCUUGUUAGUAUUGAGCUGGGAAGAGUUGAACGUCACGUUUACGAUCAAAAUCUCGAGGCAGCAUUAGUUGAGCUUGGUUUGGAUGCGCGCGGAGUUGCUGCUUCAGAAGGGUGGCAGAUUGAUGCUACUCUGCUGCGGAAUGUGUUGAGAAAGCUUCGUGGUAUCUGCACUCAUCCUCAAGUCGGACAGUUGCAGCGACCGGGUGAUAAGCUUGUUAAGCCUGGUGCCCUCAAGAGUAUCGGCGAUGUUCUCGAGGCAAUGAGAGACCAGAACUGGCGUAAUUUCAUGGACGAUCGUAAGGCGAAGGUUCAAACGCUUGUUCGCUUUGCCCAGCUUCAGCAACACAACGAGCAGAAUCUUGAUCGAUAUCAACGUGCUGUAGAUUAUCUCAUAACUGCAGAGCGAGAAGCAAACGAAAUAAUCCACGACAUCAAGAUUACCAUGGCAGAACACCAAGUCAAAGGAGAAGCACUGAAAAGAGACGCGCGAGCUCUCCAAGACUCUCACCAGCAGAACCUUCCGGACACUUCGGAGACCGACAAGGGCAAAGGGAAACAAGCGAUGUCACCCCCCACUGAUGUAGACGAGGACGUUGAUGACCUUGAAGACCGAGAUCUUCCCAAGAAUCCCGCAGGCGAAGAGCACAGUGUCAAGCGGCGGGCCCUACAACAGCGAUUACGGGAGUGCCUGAUGGUUUUACACCGUAUCAAGUUCUUGCAGGGAGACGUGUAUCAUGUUCUAGGUGCAUCCCAGUCAGAUAAGGAAGAUGCUUCGUAUGCUGCAGCCGAGACGCUGCGAAAAGAUCUGCUGAAAUCGACGGAGGAGAGCGCCAAUAAAGCGAUGGAUGUCCUGUUUGCUGAUGCUACUGGACGGGGUGUCAACGAGCACUCCUUGCAGAUCCCACUUCCUUUUGUUGAUGGAGGCGGAAUCAAAUCAACGUAUCUCUUUGACGAAGCCAAUGACAUCAUAGAGCUUGCAUUGAACGAACAGACCGCACUUCUGUGGGAGUGGCGCACCCGCAUUUAUGCCUUGUUAACCCAGAAAUUGGCAGCAAAUAGUGACCAGGUCGAUGGAGAGGAGUACUCCCGUACGUUGGAAACUCAGGGCGAAGCCGAGAUAUAUAUGCAGGCAUAUGCCGCACUGCUUGCAGACCGUAGAGAGGCGAUUUCUGCCGAACGAACUCUCCUUGCUGCGCAUGAUGCACGCGAACACAAAGUCCGACGAACGAAAGCGGCUGCGAGAGCAGCUGCUCAGGCAAUGCCGGACGAGGAUAUUGAGUUCCCUGAGGAUAUUGAAGUUCAACCUCAACAUGAAGUCCUGCACAGAGACCUCACAGAGCUGCGUAAAGAUCUCCAUAACCAGUUUUCUGGGAGAGCACUCAGAUCCGUCAUGGUCGAUCUGAGUGCUGUAGCGGCUCGCAUCACAAAUGACAAGGACCCCGAGAAGGUCAUCGCAAAGGAUGGCGCAAACUCAUUACGAACCUUGAUAGCGCAGCAAGUGGGACUCAUGGAUAAGCUUGAUGCUGACUUGGGUCAACUGCGGAAGGUCUUCAACGAACGUAUCCUCUAUUUCCGUCAACUGCAGGAAAUUUCUGAUACCGUCACCGAAGCCGUAUGGGAUGGUACCAUUGCCUUGGCUAUGGAGGAAUGCGCAGCUGAGCGAAUUGAGCUCGAAGGCAAAAUCAAUACAUCUCGCGCGCGCCAGCGUUAUCUGAACCAUCUAGCGAAAAACAAAGAAGAGGGUGUCAUUGACGAGGAUGACGAGGCUUGCAUCCUUUGCAGAUGUGACUUUAAACGCGGAUUCAUCACCCAAUGGCGAGGAUGUAUGAAGGCUUGGCUCGCUCGCCGAGAGGGAAGAGCUUGCCCGGUUUGUCGCGUCAUUAUCAACGUCGAUCAAUUGCAGCGUUUUACAGUCGAAGCAGACAAGCCUGCGCCUGCCAAACCUGUUAUGGCGAACAAAGAGCCCGCCCCGGUGUCCCGAAGAGAAAUCCAGUACAACGUGAUUGAUCCUGCGAUCUUUGAGGAAAUUCAAACCAUGGAAUCGAACGGAAGCUACGGCAGCAAAAUUCAAGGCACUGGUGCAAAGAGCAUUGUAUUCUCGGCGUGGGCCGAUUCAUUGCAGAUCAUAGAACAUGCCCUCAGAUCCAAUGGCAUCUCAUAUUUAAGACUCGACCACGCAAAGGGCAAAGGCAAAGACAGCGGUGCUAAGAAAUUCCGCACGGACCCUACCUUGCAAGUAUUGCUCCUACACGGGGAGAGAGAUAAUGCCGGCCUAAACGUGACUUGUGCCUCCCGCGUGUUCCUCGUCGAGAGCGUGGUCAACCACGGUUUUGAGGUUCAAGCUAUUGCACGAAUCGACCGUAUGGGGCAGACUAAGCCGACGGAAGUCUUCUGUUAUUACGCCGAGGAUACCGUGGAGAAGAAUAUUCUCGACCUAGCAGCUCGGCAAGGUCUCUCCCUCUACACCAAGGACAAUUCCGCCGGAACACUUAAUGUGACACCCUUCGCCAUGGACGCCGAGAAGAAGAUCGUCGAUUCUUCAGGGAAGAAGAAGCAGGUACAAAAGGGUGACUUCAUCUUCAAAGUCAAUGAUAUGCUGGCUAUCCUGUUCCCACAUAUGUUCGAGGAGAUUGAGUACCUUCUUCCCCCAGAAGAACCCAGUAAUGAGAUCGCCAUGGAAGUAGAACCAACAGGGCGCCAUGAACCAUUAAAUGCAGAAGCCGGACCUUCGAGACUCCACUUCUGAGUUCUUCGGCGUUCCGGCCCUUCCCAGCCUCCCAGCCACCCCACAUGCCGUCAUGAGUAAAUUACAAUUGUGCCAUUACAUAAAA